GUAGAAGAAGAAGCAAAUCAAGACCCCGGAAAAGGAGUUUUUAAAGACAAAGGUGAGAAAUUCACUGCAGUUCUUUAGCUAAAAACAGCUAGAAACCCGUCUGUGCUUCUUCUCUGCUGCCUUAAUUAAGUUCACCGACGUGAAAAGCAAGAAAACAAACACGAUGUGGACCCAAGAAGAACCAGCGAACCUCGGUAAAGUUCUCAGCCUCCUUCGGGAGUGGGACCACGGCGACAGGACGGUCCGGAGCCGCAUGUUGAACACCUUCCUGACUACAAACACCGGGAAGACGUUUUAUGAGCUGGAGAUGGAGUUUGCACAGGUGGCCAGUCUGUUCCUGGCUCGACUCAGUACCUGGAUGAGACUCACAUACAUGUUUGGGACUUUUUUAGGACUCCAGCUGAAAGCAGUUGGGGUUUUCCUGUCUGCCUCUAGCCAUGAUCAGUACCUGAUGGAGUUUACGGAGGACGGAGGCGUUCUGACUCUUUUAGACAUUGUGAGCCACUCUCAGAGCAAAGAGGAAGACAAGGCUGAAGCUCUUCGUCUUCUAGUCACCGUCUCAGAUGCUGGUCGCAAGUACAAGGAGAUCAUCUGUGAAAAUCAUGGUGUGAAAGUCAUAGCAGAGUUCCUCGCCACAUCAAACACAGAUGAGAGCCAGGAAACAGCGUCAGCCUUCUUGGAGUCUUUAUCUCACGGAAACCCAAAAUAUCAAGACCAAAUCUACAAAAAUCUGAUCGCCCUCAUGACUUGUAGCUCACCUAAAGCUCAGCAGCUGGUUCUGCACAACUUACGCACUCUGCAGCUAAAAUUGAAAUCUGCUCAUCACGGCAUUGUAGAGCCUCUGCUUAAUAUGCUCAGAUCUCUGCACCUGGAGGUCCAGAAUGAAGCUAUUGAUCUAAUCUUGGACCUAAAGUGUUACGAUGUGAAAACGCUGCUGCUCACUGGACUGGUGUCUCUCCUGAAGCCUAUUAAAGAAGAAGUACAGCAGCACCAAAUUACAGAAGAGCUGAUCAGGAUGAGCAGAGCUCUCCCCAUGUUUGUGCAACAAGCUGCUGCAGCUAAAACGAUUCGUUUGCUAGCAAAAGAAGAUCGACAGCUUUCUCAUGAGCUUCUCUCUCUUGGAGUGCUCCAACAUCUUCUGUAUGCGAUGGGCAACAGAGAACACACUGAUGCCCAAAUACAAGCCAGCCUGGCUCUGGAACACUUCGUCCAUUCAUUCCCAGUCCUUGAGGAACAUGUGCAGAGAGUCCUGGGAAGUUCACUAUUUGCAGCUUUCAUGGACAAAGCUGACACUCUGUUCAUGAAUAUGGAUGAAACACAAGCAGAAAUCCUGCUGUCAAACCAAGUCGACGUAUCACACGUGAUGGGUGAUUUAUGACCAGAGGAGCAAAUUCAGUGAUGCAGAAGAAUGAAAAUUUGAAAAUGUUGUUUCAAUACUGUGUUUGUAUGUUAUUAAUAUAAGAUUUAAUUCAUAAA